AUGUCUAUAUUUCGCCACGAAGAACUACUUUCAAGAUUCACAAUCAUCAAGCAUUCAUUUGAUUUCCGUUUGGCUGUAAAAAGUGCUCCUACGAUUUACACAAUCUCUCUGACAGGACGAGGUAAGAAUACUGCAGAAAAUGUAGUGAUUGGUAGUAUUUUCAAAGAAGAUGAAAAUGGUGCUCUUCAACACCCUCAAGCAUGGAAUGUGUUUAGAAAAAUAUAUUCCGUUCACGGAUUCAAUUCUAUCGCUCAUGCCAACUCUGGCACUCAAGAUAUCACUAUACGUCAUAUGAUCUGUCCUGAUUUGGCUGCUCUACGAAAGACAGUGAAUACUUCAUCCAUUGAACAACCAAUGCAUUAUGUCCUGAGAUUGCAACAAGUAGCUCUUGUACUUCAUACCUUUUUUGUAGAAGAUAGAUAUUUGUUUUCGCAAAUGCUAAGACAAGAAGAAAAUAUACCACUCAACAUUGAACAAUUCUGUGCUUGGUAUCACCUUCCAAUAGAAACAUUCAAUCUCAUACUUGCUUUUUUAGAUGACAGUAUACGGUGUUUACAUGGACAGUGCUUGGUGGUAUGUCCAAAGUGCUUUUACACUUGGACAUUCAAGUUGGCAUAUUUUAAGUAUCCAGGUCUUGGCAUUUGGAAGUGGCGUAGAAUGGAUAUGCAUUGGAUGAAUGUUUUAGGUUAUUCUGUAAAAGAUACAUCAAUUUGCGUUGCCCAUGGAAUGAAUCGGAUUCUGUACACCAUGCUUGACUUGACGUUAGGACAAAAUGAAGAUCAUAUGAGAGUAUUUGCUUCUCUUUUUGAAUUUGAUACACCCAUCGAUUCCCUAAAAAGCAAAGAAGCAACGAAACACAAGCUUCGGGAAAUAGGUUCCUUUAUGCAAUCUCAUAUAGACAUUAUUGAAAGGACUAAUAGUGGAAUCAUAGUAUCAGAAGUCAAUCAUCAAACUUCUGCACAGAACAAUGGAGUUGGUAUCAUUUCUCUCGAAUUUUCUCAAAUUUUAUUUAAGAUGGCAGACAAAAUUAUUGUAUCAUGUUCACUAUGGCUACCUUAUAUGUUGCGAUAUUUGGAAAGAUAUAGACUUGAAAACAAUUCGACAAUGGUACGUCAUGCUUUGGAAACUCAACAAAGGUUUCUUGGAGUGGAACAACGAAAUAUCAAUGAUCAAGCUAUGAGAGAAUUAUGGCAAGAGUUUCAAAAAGUAUGGGUUAUUAUUAAGGCGGACAGACAACAAUGGAUUAAUUGGAAACGCAAUGGAUACAUUUACCCAAGAGAGGUUUUGGCUUCAUUUCAGAACAAGAUUUUCCUUAAUGCUAGACGAGCCUCUGGUAUCGCUGAUUAUGUUCACAUUAUUUGUUGCCACUUGAUUGAGCUUUUUGAUGCUUUUGAAUUAGCCAACUGA